AUGAAACAUGUAUUCAAACAAAUUCAAAAUCCUAAUAAUCAUAUUCGUGGUGUUGAUUGUACAUUUAUGGAUGUUGAAUUUGUAAAUGAAAUCUGUAUGGGAUUUGAGACACGUUGGUAUUUUAAAUAUAAAAUGUGCAAUAAGGAAACUGUAUUAACUUCGGAAAGUCGAGAUCUUAGUUAUAUUCCAAUAAACAAGGCUGCUGUAAAUGGAACUAUCGCAAUCGGUAUAGGAUAUAUUCAAUUAGCAGAAUUAUCAGCGAGUUUAGAUAUCCCAUGUAUGUCUCCUACAACAUUCAUGAGUUAUAAUAAUGUGUUAAGUAAACAUGUAAAAGAUUCUGCAUGGGACGCUAUGAAGCUGGCUGGUAUUGAGGAAAAACGCUUAGCAAUUGAAGCUGGUGACGUAGAUAAAGAUGGUACUCCUAUGUGUCUUGUGAUAGCUGAUGGCCAAUGGAGUAAACGCAGUUACAAAACCAAAUAUGAUGCGUUAUCAGGAGCGGUAUAAAUAUUUACCAUUUCAUUCCGUUGUCUAAUUUUGAAUAAUUUAAUGUUGAAUAAAAUGUCUUAAAAAACAAUGUUAUAGGCUACAAUUAUUGGUUACCGAAGUAAA